GAGAUUGUACAGAUCCUGUUAGAGACAGGAGCUGAUGUCCAUGUACAGGGUGGGGGUUAUUAUGGUCAUGCUCUCCAGGCUGCUUCUGCAGGAGGCUAUGAGGAUAUUGUACAGAUCCUGUUAGAGAAAGAAGUCAAUGUUAAUGCACAGGGUGGGGAUUACGGCAAUGCUCUCCAGGCUGCUUCUGCAGGAGGCCACAAGGAGAUUGUACAGAUCCUGUUAGAGACAGGAGCUGAUGUCCAUGCACAGGGCGGGGGUUAUGGUCAUGCUCUCCAGGCUGCUUCUGCAGAAGGCCACAAGGAGAUUGUACAGAUCCUGUUAGAGAAAGGAGCCGAUGUCCAUGUACAGGGCGGGGAUUACGGCAAUGCUCUCCAGGCUGCUUCUGCACAAGGCCACAAGGAGAUUGUACAGAUACUGUUAGAGAAAGGAGCCGAUGUCCAUGCACAGGGCGGGGAUUACGGCAAUGCUCUCCAGGCUGCUUCUAAACAAGGCCACAAGGAGAUUGUACAGAUCCUGUUAGAGAAAGGAGCCGAUGUCCAUGCGCAGGGCGGCAUGUAUGGCAAUGCUCUCCAGGCUGCUUCUGAACAAGGCCACAAGGAGAUUGUACAGAUGCUGCUAGAGAAAGGAGCCGAUGUCAAUGCGCAGGACUACAUAUAUAACUAG